UAAUGGAGUAUUAAUCUAACAUAAUUAUUUCAUAGCUAAGCAGGAUACAAUCAUUCUCAAAUACAAACACUACUUCAUUAAUCAUCAAAUUAAAUUAGACCCCCUAGAUUAGGUCAAUAUAAUACUUAAGGAUCCAUUGGUUAAUCUGAAAUGCUCCUAUAUAAGUAUUAUUACUCUCUAUAAAGUAGUCCUUAGCAAAAAUAAACAUUAAUCUAACAAUAUUCAUCUUCCAAUAUGGGAAUAGCGUAUAACAUAUAUAUUAAUUGGAAGUCCUUUUUCUGCUAGAUAAAUUGCUACUACACCUGUUGUUUCCUAAAGCAUUACAUAAUCACAGCCUCUUCUAAUCACUCCAUCUGUUAGAAUUGCAUCUACUUAACCAAAUAAUGCUGAGGUUCAUCAUUAAGAAAGACCUUUAUAAGUUGUUACAUUAGAUGAUAUGGAUUCAAGAUGGAAAACAAAAUGCAGUAUUCUAAUUAUAUAAUUUUAAGUGUAAUUGGAAGUUUAUCUGUUUGAUCUUCAACAAGAAAAUCUUAGAUUAAGAGGUAAUGCUCCAUAAAUUUCUUAUGUUUAAGAUGAUUCUAAAGUAUUUGUACUAUAAUAUUUUAGAUUAAUGAACUUAUUAAUACAAACAAAGAAUUAAAAAUUUAAGAAUAAGGUCUUAGAUAAUCUAAUAAAUCAUUAUAAGAUGAAUUAGACUAAUGGAAAUUAAGAUAUAAAUAAUUAUAAGAGUCUAAUUCUAAAAAUUAAGGAGCAGAUGAUGAAAUUAGACUACUUAAAAAGAAAAUUAGUAAUUAUUUAUUAUAAUUUUUAAGGCAGUUUAACAGAUGAUCUCAAAAGUUCCCAAGAAUAAAAUCAAUUCAAGGAUUAAGAAAUUCGUAAACUUAAAUUACUGAUGAAUGAUAAAGAUAAUGAACUUGAAUCAUUAGACUAAAGAAUAAGAGAAUUAGAACUUUAAUUGGAGAGUUACUCAUAAUCUGAAUAAUAAAUUAUUUCUCUUUAAGGAGAAGUAGAAUUAUGGAAGAAGAAAUUCAAAUAACAAAAUGAAAUCAACUCUGAUAUUUCUGAAAAACUUACUAUGGCUGAAACAUAAUUAGAAGCAUUAAAAAAGAGCAAAGUUACAGUAACUAAAGAGAGUGAAAUCAAAAGAACUGGACCAUCAGGUACUGGAGUCACUACCUAAUUUGAAACAAGUACCAUUAAAGGAGCUACUAUUGGUCCUGGAGGAUAUAGCACUUAUGGAAGUAACAACAGUGGGAGAAAUUCAGUUGUUAGAAAUUCAGGAUAUAAUGAAAGAAAAUAAUUAUGAU